AUGGCAACACUCACACUUAUGGCAACACUCACACUUAUGGCAACACUCACACGUAUGGCAACACUCACACGUAUGGCAACACUCACACUUAUGGCAACACCCACACUUAUGGCAACACUCACACUUAUGGCAACACUCACACUUAUGGCAACACUCACACUUAUGGCAACACCCACACUUAUGGCAACACUCAUACUUAUGGCAACACUCACACUUAUGGCAACACUCACACUUAUGGCAACACUCACACUUAUGGCAACACUCACACGUAUGGCAACACUCACACGUAUGGCAACACUCACACUUAUGGCAACACUCACACUUAUGGCAACACUCACACUUAUGGCAACACUCACACUUAUGGCAACACUCACACUUAUGGCAACACCCACACUUAUGGCAACACUCAUACUUAUGGCAACACUCACACUUAUGGCAACACUCACACGUAUGGCAACACUCACACUUAUGGCAACACUCACACUUAUGGCAACACCCACACUUAUGGCAACACUCACACGUAUGGCAACACUCACACUUAUGGCAACACUCACACUUAUGGCAACACUCACACGUAUGGCAACUCUCACACUUAUGGCAACACUCACACUUAUGGCAACACUCACACUUAUGGCAACACUCACACGUAUGGCAACACUCACACUUAUGGCAACACUCACACUUAUGGCAACACUCACACGUAUGGCAACACUCACACUUAUGGCAACACUCACACUUAUGGCAACACUCACACUUAUGGCAACACUCACACUUAUGGCAACACCCACACUUAUGGCAACACUCACACUUAUGGCAACACUCACACUUAUGGCAACACUCACACUUAUGGCAACACUCACACUUAUGGCAACACUCACACUUAUGGCAACACUCACACGUAUGGCAACUCUCACACUUAUGGCAACAUUCACACUUGACACACUUCAAAUAGUGUCUUGCCUUUUAUACACAUUCAUAUGUGCCGUUUACACCACCAUUCAGGGCCACAUAUGUAAAACAACUGCUAUUAAGCAGCGUGUUGUUGCUGUUCCUGGGACGACGACCAUCGUGGGAUCGGAUGCGUCCCGGUGCACCUGUUAA